AUGGGGAAAUCAAAAGAGCAGUGUGGGAUCUGGACCCAGACAGUUCUCCAAGACUGGACGGUUUCUCUGGGGCAUUCUCUAGAAGAUGCUGGCAUAUUGUGGCGAGAGAGGUUUGCAAUGCCAUCAAUGAUGGCUAUGAGGUUAGAGAACUUUCUUCUCAGAAUGAUCUCAGAAGAACAAGAAGCUUUUCAGAAAGGGAAACAGAUCCACUCUAAUAUCAGUCUGGCAUCUGAACUCGCAAACAUGAUGUUUGCCUCAACGAGAAGGGGUGGUCUUGGCCUUAAAAUUGAUAUUAGAAAAGGAUACUUUGGAAUGGAACGUGUGUUAAGGCAAGGGGACCCUAUCUCUCCCAUGCUUUUUGUUAUUGCGGAGGAAGUCCUAUCCAAAAGUUUGAAGCAAUUGAUUCAAGAGAAUAAGUUGAAACCUACACAAGGCCCAAGCGGCGCCAAUACACCAGGUCACAUUCUGUUUGCUGAUGAUAUCUUCAUCUUCUCCAAUGCUUCCAUAAAAUACUUAGGUGUGGAAAUUUUCAAGGGAAGGGUUAAAAAAGAGGCCUUGUUGCCAAUUAUGGACAAGGUUAAGGGAAGGUUGGCAGGUUGGAAAGGGAAAUUGUUGUCAAUGGCAGGCGGAGUUGAAUUGGCUAAAACUGUUAUUUUAGGAAUGCCAACUUAUAGCUUCUCUGUUUACUGGUGGCCUUCAUCUCUCAUUGCAAUGAUAGAGAGAUGGAUGUGGAAUAAUAGUGGAAAUGUGGAUUAUUGGGAAUGGUCAACUGGCGAACUUCUGGAAGGACAAGUGGUGGGGCCUAAAUCCAUCAAGGAAGAAAUUUCUCUGGAUAACCUCAAUGCUCUCUCCACCGUGGCCAAGGUGGUGGAUUUUAUUAGAUAUGGGGAAUGGAUCCUUCCUGAGGUUACUUCUCCCCUUCUUAAUGAUAUUUUUAAUCAGAUUAAGGAGGUUAAAAUCCCUAGGGUGCAGAUGGAAGAUGUUAAGGUCUAG